AUGCCUUCAUCAUCCGAGUACCUUCAUCCUCACGACCGCGCCAGCAUUGCUGGUGACUCCGGAUCCGAUGACGACCUCGACUUGGAGGAGUUGGACCCGACCACGGCAACCAUUCAUCAAUCUCCUCGGCUAUCUAAAGAUGAAAUAACGCGACAAAGAGGCUAUGGUUCAGGGAUUGCUUUGAGGAAUCUGCGGGUUGGCGGUGGAAAUCGAGGGUGGAAGCGUAGUGCUUCCGGCAUACGGAACAGGGAUUCGGAAGAGGAUACACACGGAUUACUGGACGAUCGAGAAGGAGAGGCUCUGCGGAGCUCGCACGCUAGCUCACGACAUUACACUGAUGAUGAUGCUCCGCUGCUCGACAAUCCGCGGCAAAGCUCAGCGCGCUCGUUUGCGGGUGACGGAUCAAUUCGACGAACGGGUUCUCGGUCACGGUUUUUCGGCUUCAAAGCAGCCAAUAUCUUCUCCGGUCCGUCGAGCUGGUCUCGCAGGAACGAUGAAAGUAAUGCUACCAAGCCUCCUCGGGAAGUGUUCGUUGGGCAAGCGCAGAGAUCGAAGUACCCGGCAAACAUCGUUUCCAAUGCGAAAUAUACCCCUUGGAGCUUUCUACCACGUACCCUAUACAAUGAGUUUUCUUUCUUCUUCAACAUCUAUUUUUUGCUUGUGGCUCUUUCGCAAAUCAUUCCCGUGCUUCGCAUCGGGUACAUGUCGUCCUACAUCGCGCCUCUAGCGUUCGUCGUCUCGAUAUCCUUGGGAAAAGAAGCUUUGGAUGAUAUUGGCCGGCGAAGACGAGAUGCCGAAGCCAACUCCGAAGAGUUCUCAGUAUUGUCCUUUGACAAGCCCGUGGGAAGAAGGGCGUUCGCGACUCCUGCAACUAAUGAUUCGGAUGCCGACGAAGUAUUCGAGAUCACUAAAAAGUCUAGGGACCUGAAAGUCGGUGACGUUCUCAAGGUUCGCAAAAACCAGCGCCUUCCCGCGGAUGUGGUGAUUUUGAAGACUAUCUCCAAUGACUCUGUCACUGCGCGGCGAAGCUCUUCAGCUGAGAUUGCCACGGAUCUUAUGCGACCCGAUCAAGCAUCAGUUCAACCGUCCGAGGUUGACCCUAGUUCAAGUGCCGCCGGGCAUGAAGUUGAUACUUCUUCUACUAGUGACACAUUCAUUCGUACUGACCAGCUGGACGGUGAAACUGACUGGAAAUUACGUUUGCCUUCGGUCCUAUCUCAGUCCCUGCGACUCCGGGAUCUCACUAAACUCAAGGUCACCGCCAGCGCACCGGAUAAGCGCGUCAAUGAGUUUCUUGGCACUAUUGAACUUGGCUCGCAGUCAGGUUUCUACGAUCCCCACGUCGACAAAGCGCAGACUGGCGGCGGAGCGAGCAGCGAGGAUCGGCAAGCCAACUCUGCCCCCCUCACAAUCGAUAACACGGCGUGGGCGAACACGGUCCUGGCAUCCAAUACAAUAACGUAUGCCGUCAUUAUCUACACUGGCUCGCAAACACGAGCAGCUCUGUCUACAUCGCCAUCUCGUUCAAAAGUAGGUCUUCUGGAAUAUGAGAUCAAUAACCUGACCAAGAUCUUAUGCGCUUUGACCCUCACUCUGUCAAUCAUCCUGGUAGCUCUCGAGGGUUUUGAACCAACCAACGACAAAGAAUGGUACAUCGCAAUCAUGAUUUACCUUAUCCUAUUCUCAACAAUCAUUCCCAUGAGCUUGCGAGUCAACUUGGACAUGGCGAAAUCUGUGUAUAGCAGAUUCAUUCAGCGAGACAAAGAUAUUCCUGGGACCGUUGUUAGAACAAGUACGAUACCCGAGGAUCUUGGUAGAAUCGAGUAUCUCCUUUCUGAUAAGACUGGUACMCUAACUCAAAACGAAAUGGAGCUGAAGAAGAUCCAUGUCGGAACGGUUUCUUAUGCAAACGACGCUAUGGAGGAAGUAGCGUCGUUUGUUCGACAAGCCUUCGCUAGCAAUACCUUGACCACACCUUCAGCUGCAUUCGGAGCCCAAGCAGGACUUGGGGCAGCUCCUCGUACAAGGCGAGAGAUCGGGUCGCGCGUUCGUGAUAUAGUCCUGGCGCUGGCUCUAUGUCAUAAUGUCACUCCCACGAUCGACGAAGAGGACGGUAUGAGAGUCACGAAUUAUCAGGCAUCAUCGCCCGAUGAGAUUGCCAUUGUCAAGUACACCGAGGAGGUCGGUCUGAAGUUGUCAUACCGUGACCGGCAAUCCAUUGUCCUUGAAACGACCGAAACAGGCAGUGUUGUCGUUCGUGUUCGCAUCCUUGAGAUUUUCCCUUUCACCUCGGACAGCAAGCGGAUGGGUAUCAUUGUACAAUUCGAAACAGCCAACUCGAUCCUAGAGUCUUCGAGCGAGGAUACCGAAAUCUGGUUCUAUCAGAAAGGCGCAGAUACUGUUAUGUCCGGCAUCGUUGCAGCGAACGACUGGCUCGACGAGGAAACUGCGAAUAUGGCUCGGGAGGGUCUGCGUACCCUUGUGAUUGGCAGGAAACGGCUAUCCUUGCAGCAGUUCCAGGAGUUCUCUGCAAAGUACAAGCAAGCCUCGCUUGCAUUGCAGGGACGCGACGUCGGGAUGGCCAAGGUCGUGAGCGAGCAUCUUGAGCGUGACCUGGAGCUUCUUGGCGUGACUGGUGUGGAAGAUCGUCUGCAAAGAGAUGUAAAGCCAUCCCUAGAGCUUCUUCGCAACGCUGGAGUCAAAAUCUGGAUGUUGACCGGGGAUAAAGUCGAGACAGCACGUUGUGUUGCCAUCUCCGCCAAGUUGGUUGCUCGAGGCCAAUACAUCCACACCGUCGCUAAAUUGAAGGACCCGUCUGCCGCCCAAGAGGCAUUGGACUUUUUGCGAAAUAAAACCGAUUGCUGUCUGCUCAUCGAUGGCGAGUCUCUGUCGCUGAUGCUUGGUCAGUUCCGGUCAGCAUUCAUAUCCGUGGCCGUUCUAUUACCGGCUGUGGUUGCAUGUCGAUGCUCUCCGACUCAGAAAGCUGAAGUCGCGGAGUUGAUUCGUCAAUACACUAAGAAACGAGUUUGCUGUAUCGGUGACGGCGGCAACGAUGUCUCCAUGAUCCAAGCAGCUGAUGUUGGAAUUGGCAUUGUGGGCAAGGAGGGGCGGCAGGCCUCGUUGGCUGCCGACUUUAGCAUCACGCACUUCCACCACCUUACGAAACUUCUCGUUUGGCACGGCCGCAAUUCAUACAAAAGAUCCGCCAAAUUGGCGCAAUUCAUCAUGCAUCGUGGCCUUAUCAUUAGCGCUUGCCAGACCAUGUACAGUAUUGCAAGCCAUUUUGACCCCAAGGGUCUGUUCAUCAAUUGGCUGAUGGUUGGCUACGCGACGGUCUACACCAAUGCCCCGGUCUUCUCGCUCGUUUUCGACCGCGACGUUGACGAGCAGCUGGCAAAUCUGUACCCAGAACUGUACAAAGAACUCAAGUCCGGUCGCAGUCUCAGCUAUCGCUCGUUCUUCGGCUGGGUGCUUGUGUCAGUUUAUCAGGGUUCCGUAAUUCAGGGGCUCUCGCAGAUCUUGCUGAACACCAUCUCAGGGCCGCGGUUGAUCAGCGUCUCGUUCACGGCCCUCGUCAUUAACGAGCUGCUGAUGGUCGCUAUCGCCAUCACGACCUGGCACCCCGUAAUGAUCUUCUGCCUUAUCGGUACAGCUCUGGUCUAUGCCGCCAGCGUCCCCUUUCUGGGUGACUACUUCGACCUCGCAUACGUCAUCACCGUCGACUGGGUUUGGCGUGUGGUCGCCGUCUGCGCCGUCUCCGUCAUUCCCGUCUGGGCAGCUAAACUGAUCCAACGGUCUUGGAAACCACCUAGUUAUCGUAAAGUUCGAGGUUAA